AUGAUAACAUCAACAGUCCCAAGAUGGCCUAUUAUCCCCGCCGAUGAGGACCAUCUCCAACUUUACCGCACGUCGAAGAUGGAAAUGGCUUGCCGCUUCAGCAAGGAUCAUUUCGACAAGGGUGGCCUAUGCGAUUGCAACAGGACCAACAUGGAGCCGGAGCUACACAAUAUUGCCGUAGCAAUGCGACAGACUGUUGCUCGAACCUAUCUUUACCCCAGAGAAGGCACAUAUCCUACUCCAGUGCUCGUUGGAGAUAAAAUAGUCUACGUCAACGAACAAAAGAAGGAAUACGCGUGGGACGAUCCGGUGAACGCAGGCCACACUUUACGCGAUGAAGCAAUGGCGAAGAUGGCAGGGCAGCCUGACUUGAGCCAGCUUAAUCACCUGAAGCGGCCGACGUCGGUCGGUGAAAUCCAGGUCAUCCCCUUUUUUAUGGACAUUUGGGACAACGACAAAGCGCACAUAAUAAUGAGCCAAAGCAUGGAACAUGAUUGGAACAUGAAAGAAGGCGGCAUCGAAGCAUGGUACGAAAAGUUUCUCGGCCACUACGGGAACGAAUAUGACUCUGUCAAGGAGAUCGAGUUGAAUUUCCGUAUGCGUCUCAUCAACACAGCAAAGAACUUGGUAAUCAACGACUGUGGCCUUACGUUCCUGCGCAUGUUUCAAGUCAUGCGCAUAUUCAAGAACAUCUUAUUCUUCGAAAUGGAGGAUUGGGGCAAAGAUCCUCAGCUCACGCCGGCCUGCGCGAACAAGCUUGCUGAACUCUGCAGGCAAGGCGCACGCCCGAUGUCCGAAAGGAAACUACUUUUCGGCGAACCUGUGGGAUUUGGCGGUGAUGCCUGGUUCGACCAGCUGCGGAUGCUAGGGAUGCAUCAUUAUUUCCACCGAAACCGCUCGCUUCAUCGGGAAGACGAGUUUGCGAGCGCGGCGGCGAUACAAAAUACUGUGAUACCUUUGUCAGAGGAGGAAAUCGCUGCGCUUUCAGAUGAGGACAGGGAGUGUGCUAUCUGUGAAGAGGAGAUGGGAUGGCCUUUGGAAGGCCAUGCGGCGAUGCGAAUCAAAUGCCCUUCUAGGCACCGGGUUGGCAUGAACUGUUGGAUGAAAACUUGUCGACUGAAACGGCUUUCAGAGAGAGGCCGAGACAUAAAUUGCCACUCCUGUGCUGACUUCAAGGUGGGGGAGUGGCAUGCGGUCGAACCACGAGAUCGGGUUUUCGCCGUAGAUGUCAGAGAUGGUUAUUUUGACGAGAAGGCUCAGCUGGAGUGGGCGAUGUACCGCACCGUCUACCGAGAUGAAGUCAUGGAGCCCCAGGCCAUUAUCUUUGACUCAUAUACUUUAGGCUGGGGUGGAUAUCCUACUCGUAAAGAUCAUCGAGAUGUCUCUGAUGAGUCGUAUUGUACGGCUGUUGAGGCGGCUCACCUUCACGGCGAUGCUUGGCGGCAAAGCAUGCGUCCAUGGAAUCCAGCACCGGAAGGAGUUUAG